AUGGCUUCAAAAGUACCUGUUACAUCUCCUUGCUGUGAGGACCAAACUGAUGUUGAUGCAGAUUCUCCUGGAACAACAAUAUGGCUGCACCAUAGAUUGGUGGGCAUUUGGUGGUUUGGACAAUCAUCUUUCCGUGGUGAUGACAUUUUUGGUGCCAUCUUGGAGGAUGCAUCAAUGAACCUCUAUAUCAUCGCCAUGCUGAGAGAUGCUGUGUCUAUCUUGCAAAAGUUGUUGACUCGGGAUCCCACCCAAUGUUUGGGAUCUGGGAAAGCUGAUGCUGAGGAGAUCAAGAGACAUCCCUUCUUCAAGGAUCUGAGCUUUGACGAUGUCUUGAACAAAUGCAUCCCACCGCCAUACUUCCCCACUAUAUUUACCGCUUCAUGA